AUGAGUAAUGAUGGAUUGACCCCAUAUGAGAAGCUAUUGGGAAAACCUUCAUCAUAUGAGCACAUUAAGACUUUCAGAUGCUUAUGUUAUGUUAAAAAUUCAAAUUCAAGAGCAGAAAAAUGUGUAUUAGUGGGAUAUCCUAAAGGCCAAAAAGGUUGGACAGUGUACAACCUAAAGACACUAGAGAUCUAUGUAUUAAGAGAUGUGGUGUACUAUGGAGACAUUUUUCCGUAUGCACCACAAGAAAACGACAGCAGUGAAGAAAAUCCUUCACCAACAUUUGCUCUUGAUUUUUGUUAUGUUGAAGAAGAUAUUACGUCUAGCAAUGAUGGGCAGCAAGAUCAGAUCAUAAUUUCCAAAGAACCAAGAGAAGAACAAGUCGUUGAAACAAAUUCUGAUUGUGAUCAUUGA